AUGGCGGACAUUGGUCUGAGUUAUGAAAAUGCUAAGAACAUAUGUCCACCGGAUAUUGAUAUAAUCUACAAUAUGAGUCGCAAUACUUGCUCUAUAAGUGGGCCAGAAAAAUCAGUAACGGCAUUUAUAACAAAGUUACAGGAUGAUAACAUCUUUAUUAAAGAAAUUAACUGCAGCAAUAUUCCUCUUCACAGUCGUUAUCUCGCAUCUGCAGAAGCGACAAUUUUGGCUUAUCUAAAUCGAAUAAUACCGCAAAACGUAACACACAGUCAGAUGUGGCAAAUUUCGUUUUGCGGCACGCGUGAGUUGUCCUAUGCUGAAUAUUUUACAAAUAAUCUACUAGGUCAUGCACUUUUUGAAAAAACUGCAAGACUGAUUCUUAAAAAUACAUUAACUUUGGAAAUUGCGCCGGGUGAAAUUCUUCAAAGCAUUGUGACAGAACUGUUCGAAACGACCAAUAUUACAUUAUUUCAACGCCAUCACGAAGACAAUGUUAAAGUAUUUUUGCAAGGAUUGGGAAAAAUGUAUAACAAUGGUUUGCAACCGCAACUAGCGAAUUUAUAUCCAAUUGUGCAAUUUCCUGUUAGUCGUGGAACGCCAAUGAUUUCUCCAUUAAUUAAAUGGAAUCAUUCCGAAGAGACGUAUGUAAUGUGUUUCAAAACACAAAAGAAUAUUACUUCCGGAGAAAGAACUAUCAACAUCACAUUAAAAGACGACACUUUGGAAUAUAUAAGCGGCCACGUAAUCGACGGAAGAAAUCUGUUGCCAGCCACGGGAUAUCUUGUUUUCAUUUGGGAUACGAUUAGUAUGCUGAAGGGUCAAUUGCUUAAUGACUUUCCGAUUGUUUUUGAAAAUAUCAAGUUUAUUCGAGCAACUUAUAUUCCGAAGCAGGGAGAUGUAGACCUAACAUUAAUGGUGCAGAAAGGCACUGGAAACUUUGAAAUAAUAGAAGGAGGUAAUGCUGUUGUUACUGGUACAGCGCGCAUUACGCCAGAUCCUGCUAAAGAGAAAAUACCGAGUCAUUUCUUACGCGAAAACUGCGAGAACGAGGAAGAAGUGAUGACGACAAAAGACAUUUAUAAAGAACUUAAAUUACGUGGAUAUCAAUAUGCUAAUUUAUUUCGGGGAUUAAAAACUUCAUCCACCACGGGAAAACAAGGACACAUAGCUUGGACGAAUAAUUGGGUAACGUUUCUGGAUAAUUUGUUGCAAAUAAAAAUCUUGGGGGUAGAUAUGAGGAAUCUUUAUGUUCCUACGGAGAUACAAAAACUGAUCAUCGAUACGAAACUUCAUGCUCAGUGUAUAAAAAAUAUAACAUCUGAAGAAAAAUGCCCGAUUGUUCCGGAUUAUCAGCACAAAGAUCUUGUUCGCAUAGUUUAUGCGUCUAUCAAUUUCAAAGAUGUAAUGUUAGCGACGGGCAAAAUCAUCAUGGAUGAAUACAUGUCACGCGGACGAUUAGAAGAAUGUCUGAUAGGUUUGGAAUAUGUCGGUAUCGAUAGUGCUGGUCGCAAAGUAAUGGGAAUUUGGGAAAAUAGAUGUAUAUCAAAUAUGCGCAUAGCCGAUAGACCUUUAUGCUGGUAUAUUCCUGACGAAUGGACUCUGGAGGACGCUGCGACAGUCCCGUGCGCUUAUGGCACAUGCUGUUACGGACUAUAUAUAAAGACAAUGAUAAAGAAAAGCGACAAGAUAUUAAUUCAUUCGGGUACUGGCGCCAUAGGUCAAGCCGCUAUUCAUCUUGCGCUUCACGAAGGCUGCGAAGUAUUCACCACCGUCGGCACCCCGGAAAAGCGAAAGUUUAUAAGAAAGACUUUUCCAUCUAUUCCAGAGGAUCAUAUCGGAAAUUCGCGCGACACUAGUUUCGAGCAAAUGAUAUUCUUAAAGACUAACGGUCGCGGCGUAGAUAUCGUACUGAACUCAUUAGCUGAAGAGAAACUUCAGGCUUCUAUUCGCACUGGAAACUUUGAAAUAAUAGAAGGAG